CUUCAAUAUUUCAACCUAACCUAUAGCUCCUUCUCAUCGAAAAUGGAGGGUUACAAACCAAGCAAGAAUGAUGGUAGCAGCGGCAUUACUAAACCAGAAAAGAUGCCAAUCUCAUUUUCAGAUAGAGACCGAACAUUCACAGGAACCGAUGUUGCUCUUCCAAUGGUAAUCAAACUCCAAAUCGCCAACAAGAUUGUUUUAAGGGUCUCCGUCAAUGAAAGUAGUCAAGCCAACAUUCUCUACAUGUCGGCAUUCUUGAAGAUGGGACUAUCAGAGUCAAUGCUGAAACCAUUCAAAACAUAUCUCAAGGGUAAUCUCGGUGCUGGUGUACCUGUGAAAGGAUACAUCGAUUUGGAUACUACAUUUGGUAAAGGAGAAAACGCCAAGAUGUUGAAGGUGAGGUAUCUGGUUAUUGAUUCAUGGUCUGUUUACAAUGUUGUUAUUGGCAUGCCUGUUGUUGCUGAGUUGGGAGCAGUGAUCUCAAUUGUACACCUCAAAAUGAAAUAUCCUAUUGGAGAUGGAAUGGUUGGAGUUGUCAUGGCGGAUCUCGACAUGGCCAAAAAGUGUCACGAAAUGUGUCCCCAUUACGUGGGUUAGGUUUUUUAGUAUCAACUUUCAACAACUAUGAAAAAAAGAAAGGCACUUCUAUUAUUAGCAUUAUCUUUACUUUUCAGUUUCUAGUUUCUUUAAUAUUAGCACUGCCACAAAUGAUUCAUUCAUAUGGUGUAGCAAAGCAAGGCAACUAUCGGUAGAAUUUAAUGUUAAUCAACUUGGGAGUGCAGCAAAUUGUUUAUGGAGCUUUUUGUUCAAUUCCUUUGUCUUUUAUGUUUUUUAUUCAAUUUCGUUUUUGUUUUAAGUGUUGUUAUGUUUAGCGUAAAUUCAAGGAAAUGGAUUCAGAAAUAAUGAACAAAGAAAUGCUUCAACAUUGCUCUAGCUGAAAUCAAUGUACCUUAUGAA